CCCCUCCCCGGCUAUUGUCCCGGCCUCGCCACGACAACGGCCUCCAUUCGGGGGGGGGGUCCCCGCCUGGCUUGCACCAGCAGCUCUCUGGGGUCUCCCCUCCAAACAUGGGGUCCAGUAGGGAUGAGUGCCACCCGCUCUUUUCGGGAUUCUUCGCCUCCUUCCACUUCAGCAGCCUCCUGGUGCUCAGCUGCCUCUUCUUCACUUUCCCCGGUUCCUGGCUGGGGCUGAACGUCUCCUGGGCUUUCCCCAUCAUUUGCGGCAACCUUCUCAUCCCGACCCUCCUGUACUUCUUCCUCACCAGUUUCACAGACACGGGGGUCCUCCACAAAGGCAUCCAAGAAGAGCUGGAGAACCAGGCCAACACCCUGGGCAGCCUCAACAAACGCUGGUGCAACAGGUGCCAGUUGUACAGCUUGCCGCACACUUUCCAUUGUCGCUGGUGCAACACUUGCGUGGAGGAAUUCGACCAUCACUGCAUGUGGGUGAACAACUGUAUCGGCUGCCACAACGUCCGUUUCUUCCUGCUCUUCGUCUUCUUCCUGACCAGCUACGACUUGGCGGUGCUCCUCGCUUGCUUCACCUACCUGGCGCUCAACAGCCAGCAGCCCUUUGGCGUGGAGAAGAUCUGCACGGUGCUCCUGACCAUCCCCGCGGCCUGCUCCCUGGUGCCGCUGCUCCUCUUGCUGUCCCACCAAAUUAUCAGCGUUGUAGCUGCUCAGGACGUGGGCGCGUUCAAGGACCCGUUCGCUAGCCGUCCUUCCUCCUGGUGGAGCAAUUUGUUUGCGCUGCGCAAGCUGCGUGACGUCAAGCUGCGCUCAGCCAGGCCGGGGGCCGCAAGGACCAGCUCGAAGGUAGCCAAGCCCUUCUCCACCCUCUGGAUCGCCCACAGCGCCGCCCCCACCUCCGGAUCGCCCGCCCGCCUGCCGGACCCUUGCCCCGAGCCGAAGACCCUGAAGGCGUGGGGUCAGUUGCUCAUAGCCGUGGGCAGACUCCUGCAUCCUCGCGCAGACGAUUGCCCAGAGAAAGCCACUAAGGAGAUGGACACCCACCACAGAAGUGUGGCGAUCACAAUCCCGGAUAUCCUGAACUCCGGGGAUAACCUGGAUGCGGUGCAGGAGCCCCACUGGAAGGGCCAGAUCCACGGCAGCAGGCGGGCCCCCUCCUCCCCCACCGCCAUGCUGCUCUCCGUCUCCGACAUCUGAGGACCCUCGCCCGGCGCCCACCCGCCUGGGGGGGGGUCCCGCCCUGAAGUUUUGUAUUGGGAAGAUUAAAGCGGCCGG